CCUCCCAACCCUCUCUCUCUCUUUUUCUCUAUCUCACACACACACUCUCUCUCUCUCUCUCUCAUGCGUGCUGUGUUUUGUGUGGCUGCCGUGCAUCAGCUGGGAGGGGUCAGCAUAGGAGGCGGGGAGCAUGUGUGCGCGUUUGCUUGAGCUCUAGCUGUCAUUGUCUCAUUCCGGGCUCUGGGAGUAAGUGUGUGCAGGAUAGCGGGAGGCCCCAGCGGCCACACGUGCCCUCGUUAUUGCGGGGCAUCCCUGGAAGCAGAGCAGAGCGAGAGGCAGGUCUCCAUCUGGCCUCUCUCAGUAAGGCAGGCAGACAGGCGGUUUGACUCUCCCACACUCUGCCCUUGUGUACUCCCACAUAGCAGAGAAAGACGGAAAAAGACAGAAAUAGAGAGAAAAAUCUGCAUUCUUUGAUAUCCAGUUUGGUCACAUCAUCUAUGAUGCCAGAUCGCACUGAGAAGCGCUCCACCAUGCCCGACUCACCUGCUGAUGUGAAAACACAGCCCAGGUUAACUCCGCCCACCAUGCCUCCUCCCCCCACCACACAGGGAGCUCCCCGGAACAGCUCCUUCACCCCCACCACAUUAACGAAUGGCACCAGUCACUCUCCCACAGCACUGAAUGGAGCUCCAUCUCCACCCAAUGGCUUCAGCAAUGGACCUUCAUCAUCCUCUUCCUCCUCGCUGGCCAAUCAGCAGCUCCCGCCGGCAUGUGGUGCGAGGCAGCUCAGCAAGCUCAAACGCUUCCUAACGACACUGCAGCAGUUCGGCAAUGACAUCUCACCUGAGAUAGGAGAACGAGUGCGCACGUUGGUGUUGGGGCUUGUGAACUCCACUUUAACCAUUGAGGAAUUCCACUCCAAACUACAAGAAGCGACCAACUUCCCUCUCAGACCUUUUGUCAUCCCAUUUUUGAAGGCCAACCUGCCACUACUGCAGAGGGAGCUGGUGCACUGUGCUCGGCUGGCAAAGCAAAACCCGGCACAGUAUCUAGCCCAACAUGAGCAGCUCUUGCUGGACACCAGUACCACCUCACCGGUCGACUCAUCUGAACUCUUGAUGGACGUCAAUGAGAAUGGCAAGAGGAGGACGCCUGACAGAACCAAAGAGAACGGCUUUGAGCGGGAACCACUCCACCCCGAGCACCCCAGCAAGAGGCCGUGCACUAUCAGCCCGAGCCAGCGCUUCAGCCCCUCAAAUGGGCUCUCCUACCAGCCCAACGGCCUCCCGCACCCCACUCCGCCCCCUCCACAGCACUACCGACUGGACGACAUGGCCAUUGCGCACCACUACAGAGACUCUUACCGCCACCCCAACCACCGCGAGCAUCGCGACCGCCCUCGGCCUAUCGGGAUGCAUGGCAGCACACGCCAGGAGGAGGUCAUAGAUCACAGACUCACGGAAAGAGAAUGGGCAGAAGAAUGGAAGCACCUUGACCAUGUAAGAAAACUGCUGAACUGCAUCAUGGACAUGGUGGAGAAGACUCGUCGCUCUCUAACAGUGUUGCGGAGGUGCCAGGAGGCCGACCGGGAGGAGCUCAACUACUGGAUCCGUCGUUACAGUGAUGCUGAAGAGCUUAAGAAGACCAGCAGCUCCAGCAGUAGUCAGUCUAGACAGCAAAGCCCCGCAGGCCAGGACAACAAUGCUUUAGACAUCCAUAGAGAGCUCCUUCACAGGCCAGCAUCUGGAUACGUACCUGAAGAGAUCUGGAAGAAAGCUGAAGAGGCUGUGAAUGAAGUGAAGAGGCAGGCCAUGUCCGAGCUGCAGAAAGCCGUGUCAGAGGCCGAGCGCAAGGCUCACGAGAUGAUAAGCACUGAGCGAGCCAAGAUGGAACGCACGGUGGCCGAGGCCAAGAGGCAAGCGGCAGAUGAUGCGCUGUCAGUCAUCAACCAGCAGGAGGACUCUAGUGAGAGUUGCUGGAAUUGCGGGCGCAAGGCGAGCGAGACCUGCAGUGGCUGCAAUACCGCACGUUACUGUGGUUCCUUCUGUCAGCACAAGGACUGGGAAAAGCACCACCAUGUAUGUGGCCAAACUCUUCAGGCACAGCAGCAGGGCGAGACCCCCGCCACCGUCAGCUCUUCAGCGACCCCCAGCAGUGGCGCCGGCAGCCCUGCUGAUACGCUGUCUGCUGCCACUCCACGCUCGGCCACGCCCGGCACACCCUCCGCCAUAGAGACCACGCCACGCUAGAGUGGAUGCUUCAACCUACUGGGGACUGACUCAGCUUCCUCACUUGCUCAAAGAUGCUAAUGAUAGUGCGCUAACAAAGAAACAAGACUGUACUUAGGGCGAUCACCUACAGGAGGUCCAUUUCAGGUCAUAUUGACUUGCCAUGAUAGAAAACACAAAGAUAUUCUUUGUUUUUAAAUGCUCAUUGUUCUUUAUUGUUACUACAGCUAUUAUUGAUCACUGUUGGUAAUGUUGUUUCUUGUUGUUGUGGCUCUCGUACAUUUUUGUAAAUAUGAUGAAAAGAGAAAUGGAGUAGACAGCUAAGACCUCUCGAUGAGUAUAUUUGACCUCCCCUUUCGUUUUACGUUCUCAAUGCUCUUUAUCCGGUAGCUGGGAUAUGAAACUAUUUGACCUCAUUAAAAGACACUUUAUUAAACAACAAAACCAAGGAAAUACUUCAUACAAGCUUAUUUAAGCAAAGACACAAAAUAUGAUUCUUUGUAAAGAAGACAACUAACCUUGUUGAGAAAAAAACAUGCCAUGAAGGGCAUCUGUGUUGAACAUAGUGGUGUAGUCGAUGGACGAAUUAUGUCUCUCUCGUUGAACUCUGCAGACCCUCAACGGAGCAUGCAGAUUUGCAGCAGAUUGUGAAGGAACACAGCUGUUCAUCCCUCUUGCUUUUUUUCUGAACUUCAGCAACAUAAUAUCCAGGUCAAUGGUCUGAGAAAUACAAAGCUGUUUCACUGAGGAAUGUAAGGGUGAGGAGGAACGUGAGCACGCCUUUGUUGGACGUUGAGUACCGCAUGGCAUAAUGAAGGAUGCGCACUGAGCCCCAAUCCCAAAUGCACUUCAUCAGCUCCCAAACAGGAUGUGAAGUCAUCAGCCCACCAUAGCAGGACUGUCAGAGACUCACAAUGACAGCCGCUGGAAAAACAAAGGGCUGAGAAAUUACCCAUAAAUUACAAGCAAGUUCCUGGCCAUUGGAGCCAGUCCAGACCCCUCUCCUGUCCUGCCUAUCUCUAUAACCCUGCCAUCAAUCCUUGUUUUUUGCUUCUUUUACCCCCUCCUAGAUCUCAUUGUGUUAAACACUUUGUCUCCUGUGCCGUCUCCAAUGGUUAUUUAUUGAUGUAUAUGUGCUGGACAAUUGUGACAAUGCAUAAUAGUUUAAACCAGUCACAUUGUUAGAAUUUCUAGGUGCAACAACAUAAUUUCUCCUGUUUUUUUCUCUUUCUCACACUCUCGCAAGCUGCUUUUCAAUUUGUACGUGUUUGUGGUAGUCCCCUUGUAGUUCUCGAAAGAGAAGGCAAACGCUUUUUUCCCACUGUCCUCAAAAGAAGACAAACGCUAUCUCUCAGAGCUGCUACUUCAGUCUCAUUCAGAUCUCUUUCUGAGAACUAGCAUGUUACAUGGAAUGCUAACAUAAAUGUUUUUGUACAUGGGACGUACAUACAGUAAAUGUAUUUGCACUGUCACGGUUUCUCACGGCAUGCUUUUUUUGGCAGUUUUACCUGUAGGGAGCCUCACUUCAUGGGUUAUCUUUGGAGUGCUUCAUUACAUGUCUGUGAUUUUCAUUUCUUGUUUAAAAAAGUGGUGGGAAAAUGAAAAAAAAGAAGAAAAUGGGAAAAAAAUACAAAACAGAGGUAUCACAA